GGGUGGGGCUCAAAUCCGAGAUCCAUGGAUGUUGGAACGCAGACGAUUGUAAGUUGGAUAGAAGAGCAAGUAAAAGUGGAAGAGACUCCAUUAGAGGCUACAGAUGAUAGCUUACACAAGAAAGACAGCAAUGAAAGUAUAACUGAUGAAGAUAAAGAAGGAGAAAUUGAGAAAGAGGCAAAACUAGAAGACCUUGCUUCAGCACUCAGCGACACCAGCAGCAGUGAAGAUGAGAGAGAAGAGGAUGAAGAGAAGGAAUACAAGCCAGUAUCUACCUCAGUGAAUGUACCCUGGCCUUCAGUGUUGCAGUAUAUGAGAGAAACAGAUUCUGAAUCAUCAAAGUAUUUUGGACUUGGAAAAAAAAAGACAAAAAUAGGAAAUGAUGAACAAGGGAAAGAGAGAAAUGAGCAAGAACUUUGUCAGUUUUGUGGAGAAGCUUUAAAGCACUUAAGCUUACUACCUGACAGCCUGGAAAAGGAACCUGAGUUUUGCUGUGAAGAUAUGAAAGAAUAUGUUGUACUACUUGCUUUGUAUACUAAGAGAUUACAAGAGCAGAAACUGAUAUCAAGGCCAGGCCAGAUCAAAAUAAAAUCACAAGUGAAAGAAGAGGAAGCCAAAACAGCCCAAGAGAGAGCACUAGAAAGAAUGAGAAGGAAGAAGAAAUGGGAAGAAAAGUGCAGAGAAAUGAAGAUACUGCAGAGUUCAAGUGUGUCUGCAAUGUCAAGACAAACAAAAGUGAUCAAAUUUUCCCUUUCAUCUGACAACUGUAUGAGCACAGGUUGGGUUGCAGAUAUUCAUGAGAAUAAAGGAAAAAAGAAAAAGAAGAAGCAACCAAUGCCAGUAGUGCUUCCAUUACCAUCAAUACCCAUUGAUGAUGCUCCUCCAGAUGAUGCUAGCUGUGGAUACAUUGACAAGAUAAGCUAUAGCUCUGGACAACCACUCUCAGUUAUACUGCCAGAUAAUACUGGACAAGUUUAUUAUCCUUCAGAUAAUUUAGCUUUACUUCAAGUAGCUCUUCAUCCAUCAAUCAAUGUGUACUUAAUAUUCCAAGACAGCAAGAGAGGUGAUUUGAUUGGUUACGUUGAUGAUUAUGGGAGGGGCUGGGUAAAGGGAGAUUAUUCAAUAAGGUUUCUGAGUACGCUACAUGAAAGUUUUCUGUUUGAUAAUUCUGGGAGGAGCAAGACGUGGGUUUGGUCCGAUAGUGGAACCUAUUCUCUUCACCUUCCACUUGUGUUCAGACUAAACCAAUAUCUUACUAUAAAAUACAACAAUCACGAUGACAUAAGUAUUACUCUCACGGCCCAACAGAAACAACACAAGAUUCAGAUAAAAAGAGUCGUUACCAUGGCUGGGACAGGAAAACCUGCAGUUGACAAAACUGUGAAAUAUUACAACAAAGAACUGGAGAAAAUGACACACAGAUUCAACUCACAUUUGAGCAGUUUCCAGCAGUCAAUAAAGUUGUACAACAGCUCAGGGAAAAGCAAGGUGUUGCCUCCAAUUAAUGGCAGUCGAACAAUUUUUAAAAGAGCAAGAAACAGCAGCGUUGGGACGGUAACGUUUCAACAAUAACGUAAUUUAAUCAAUGAUAAUAAUAAUAAUAUAAUAUAUUAUUUAUAAUAAUUAUUAUUGUACAAAAGGAAUGUCUUUCAAAAAACUUGAAAGGUACUCAAUUUAAAAAAAGAAACAAACACAGCAGCUCACAAAAGCACACACGCACAAUAAUUGACUAAUCACAAACAACAAUAAUAAUAAUAAUAAUAAUAAAUCGGCCAUAGACACGCCCACCCAAACACACAGUUGUAUAGAAGAUUGUUUUUAAAUUUCCUAAUU